UGGAUAUGUUAGUAGAUAAAAAUUCUCAUUUUUUUCUAAAUGAUUUUCUUCCAAUUAAAUAUGAUUUAGUUCGGAUGUCUUCGACUUUUAUCGACAUAUUUCGUUAAAUAGAUUUAAAACAUGGGGCGUCGGCUGAUAAUUAUAAUAAAUGAUUAUUAUUAAAACAAUCUCAAUAAAAGAAACAAAAUAUAUGAAGAAAAAUUAGAAAAAAAAUUAUAUAAAAUUAUAGAUAAAGAAAACGUAUUAAUUUUCAAAUGAAUUACGGAAAGAAAUCUCCUAGCAUGGGUACGCCAUCCUUAUACUCCCAUGUUACUACACGUAGCAGCGCAAAUUUAAAAUCUUCGCGAUCAAUGCGAAGUGUUAAAACAUGUUGGUAUCAAAAGCCAAUUUUAACAAAUGCUUAUUUACUAGAUAUUCAAAGAGGUGCUAUGCUUACAGCAUUAUUUUCAUUGUCAUUAGCUAUCUUUACUAUUUGUACAUCAAUAUUUGAUCUUUAUUGUCUCUCUCAAGCUACACCAGGUUCAACACAUUAUGGUUAUUAUAUAAUAUCCUAUGAAUUUGUUUACGUGGGUAAUCGACAUGUACGUAAUACUCUAGUUGUAUUUGCUUUGUUCUCUACACUUAGCGGAAUUGCAGUACUUGCAACAUCCUUAAUGUUAAUAGCUGCUUUACGAAAAGAAUAUGAAAGAAAAAUGGUACCAUGGCUUUAUAGUUUUGCAGCUUUUACUGUUUUUAGAUUGUUUGCUUUUAUAUUUUAUAGUGUAGUAAAUGAUAUGAUAUUUGCUUAUAAUAUUACAAUGUGUAUUUUAUGGAUAAUAUUCAUUUGCUUUUCUAUUUACGGAUGGUUAAUUGUUUAUUCUUUAUAUGUGGAAUUAUGUGAUCUCACAAGAUUAGAAGAUUUGGCUCAUUUGAGAAUCGGUACUAUGCAAUCAUUAAAUGCAUCUACUACACAUUCUAUCGCAGGUUCUCGUCCAACAACACCACAUAGUGCAGUAUCGAUACUGCCUGCAAAUUAACAAAAACAAUUAAAUAAUCUUUAAAUUUUAUCAAAUUUCAUUAUCAUUUCUGUUGUUUGUCGUUUUCAUUCUCAUUCUUUUCAAACUUAUCAUGUUAUUAAUAUAAAUA